AUGUCUGACUUAUUGGUGCAGGACGCGGGCGGCUUUGUCGUUCCUGCAGCUCGACAGCCUUGCCCGCGGUCGGGCGGUGCGGAGGCAGCAGAUUUUGGGGAGCGGCUGAGAGUGUGGGACCGCGGAGCCCCGGGCGGCAGCGCAGCCCCCGGAGCGGGGCUGUGGGAGGAGGGUGGGUCCCGGCCGGGCCGGAAGGGGCUCUGCUGCCGAUGCUUCGAGGCUUUCGGAGUCGCAGCAUCCCUCGCAGCCGCACGGAUGCAGCCGCAGCGGGGCAGAGCCGCGGCCGGCCCGCCGGCGUUCGGCUGCAGCAAGGACGAGCCCAGCAGGCAGGUCCGGCCCGUGCCGCUGCCACCAGUGCAGCAGAACCUGAACUAUUACCCGCAGAUCUUCUGGCUGGACGGCUGUGCCGAGGCAGGGGCUCCCUGUCCCCCCGCUGCCCCCGCGGCUCCUUUCCCACCGCCCGUCCCCGAGCGGAGCAGAAAGCCGCGGAACAAGGACAGGGAAAGGAGCAGCGCCGGCUUCCUCGUGAUGUUCUUGCUGAUCCUGGUGGCCUUCACCGGAGUGGGGCUGAGCAUAUUUAAGAUUUUUCACCUGGAGAAGGAAGUGGAUGAGCUCAGAGAGUCUGCCAGCGCCGAGCACAUCCCUCCAGCCUCUCAGAAACUCACAGGUGAGUCCAUGCCUGCAAGGAAGGAGGUGAGGAGGGCAGCCCAUGUCACAGGCAACCCAGCCCAGCAGGACCUGCCUCUGGAGUGGGAGCCCACCUCUGGCCAUGCCUACACCAGUGGCAUCCAGUACCACAAGCGGGGGCUGCUGGUCAGCGAGCCGGGGCUGUACUUCGUGUACUCCAAGGUGCUGUUCCGCGGCAGCGCCUGUGACAGCCAGCUCCUGUCCCACGUGGUGUACAAGAGGAACCCGGCCUCCCCGGGCAGCCUCGUGCUCAUGGAGGACAAGGCCACCAACUUCUGCACGGGCCAGAGGAUGUGGGCCCGCAGCAGCUACCUGGGGGCUCUCUUCAGGCUCAGGAAGAUGGACAGUUUGCACGUCAAUGUCUCCAAAAUCGCCCUGGUAAACUUUGAGGAAUCCAAGACUUUCUUUGGUUUGUUUAAGCUUUGAAAUGGAGCGUGGCUGGCAGCCCCUUCACACGCACACCCACACGGAUGUGUGAGGGCUGAGUGCUGCCUGGGCACCACAAAACCCACCCAGAAACCAUGUUUGGGCUUCAGCAUGAGGGGAUCCAAGCAACUGGGAAAGGCUUGAAAGCAUCAGGGCUGUGCUGCAUCAGCCUGAACAGAAUUGCACACGUUCUCCUUACAAAAACCCCAACAAACUCAGAAAGUCGUGUGCUGAAAACCCUGCUGGAACUCACUACUUGCUGCCUGAGAAGAUGGUGGGACCUGCUGCUCCCCGUGGUGUCACAGCUCUGCUGGGGACAGCUGGGGGGUGUUAAGGAGGUGUCUGGGUCGUGCCACGACACCGCAGUGGUGUGGGGAUGAGCAGUGUGAACAGCUGCUCCCCCAGCCAUGGCUGGCACUGCCCAGCACUGGGACUGCUGUAGCACAGGCACCUCCUGCUAGCUGGGCUGGGAGAGGCGCUGUGUUCAUUUUCUGUUAAGCUAUGGACUGUUCCCAUCCCAGGAAAUGCUCCCCAACCUCUUUAUUUAACUCAUCCCAAGUGCCUUGCAAGGAAGAUGCCAGGAGCAGCAGUGUCCUGAGGGAUGUCCCAGAAGUGGCAGUGUGACCACACCAUGGUGGUGGAGAUGGUGGGGUGGCCAUGGGCUCUCUAAGCAGCACAGCAGUGCAGGGCAGUGGGGCUUGAGGUGCAAGCAGCAUCUCGGGCCCCCUCCUGCCCCUUCAGCACAUGGGGGCCUGCUCUGCCCCCCCUUCCUGAUGCAGCUGGUGACAUCCUGGCACCUGUCAAUUGCGUGACUUUGGCUGGGCCCCUUGCCAUGAGAUGUUCUCUCCUGAG